CCCUUCUCUGGGGAAUGGAACUUCCGCUUUGGACUGAGAGCAUCAGGCUCCCGGCUCCUGGUCCCACUGCUGCCCAGCCAAACGGCAUCGCAAGCGGCCUCACAGGACGCCAGGUUCCCAGGAAGCGGCGAAGACUGAGGUGAUGAAGACGCCGAGGGGCGGCCUCCUGGCGCUGCUGCUGCUGCUGCUGCUGGGUCCUCUUGAUGUCUCCCAGGCCCAGAGGGACUGCUCCGGAUCCGGGGCCAUCCCUGGCAUCCCGGGCAUUCCCGGGACACCGGGCUCUGACGGGAACCCGGGGACCCCAGGGACAAAGGGAGCGAAAGGGCUGCCAGGGCUCGCUGGAGACCAUGGCGAGUUUGGAGAGAAGGGGGACCCAGGGACGCCCGGGAAGCCAGGAAAAGUCGGCCCCAAGGGCCCCGUGGGCCCCAAAGGCACCCCAGGGCCCCCUGGACCCCGUGGCCCCAAGGGUGAAUCGGGAGACUACAAGGCUACACAGAAAGUCGCCUUCUCCGCCUUACGGAAGAUCAACACUCCCCUGCGGAAGGACCAGAUGAUCCGCUUUGACCACGUGAUCACCAACGUGAACAACAACUAUGAAUCUCGCAUGGGCAGGUUCACCUGCAAGGUGCCCGGCCUCUACUACUUCACCUACCACGCCAGCUCACGCGGGAACCUGUGCGUGAACCUCAUGCGCGGCAGGGAGCGCAUGGAGAAGGUGGUCACCUUCUGUGACUAUGUCCAGAGCACCUUCCAGGUCACCACCGGGGGCAUCGUCCUCAAGCUGGAGCAGGGGGAGAGCGUCUUCCUGCAGGCCACGGACAGGAACUCCCUGCUGGGCAUCGAAGGCGCCAACAGCAUCUUCUCCGGGUUCCUGCUCUUCCCGAACCCAGAGGUGUGACCUGUGGGGCUGAUUCCUCCCCCACCCCACCCCCUCACCCACCAGCAAUACUCACUGUACCCCCAGCACUACCCUCACACAGUCAGUCUCCAUGGAUGUUGCCGAGUGAAUGAGUAAAUAAACUCUUCAUGACCAAGG